AUGGGUUCACGUAUCCGAAUAGAUUUCUUCUUCGACGUAAUCUCACCCUACAGCUGGAUUGGAUUCGAGGGUCUGAUGAGAUACCGACAGAUAUGGCCAAUUGACGUCCACCUUCGUCCAUUCUAUUUGGCUGGCGUUAUAAAGGCAACGAAAAAUAAUGGAGCCCCGAUGCUGCUGGAGAAAAAGCGGAUCUACAUGGACAUGGAUAUCAGAAGAAACGCGAAAUAUUGGGACAUCCCUAUAUCUCUUCCUGAGGUGAGGCGCACAGGUGCUCAAAGUUGGACUUCAAAACGCUGGCGCUGUCGAAAACCUACGGCACUUGCUCAACGACUCCUUCUUGCUGUUCAAAAGCAACAUCCCACUUCUGUCAUGGAAGACUGUGCUCGACUGCUAUGGAGGAGGUUUUUCACACAGCACAAAGGUAUAUUCGAUGAAGAGGAUUUGAGACAGGUACUCAAAACUCUUCACGUUGCUGACAUCGAUGCCCUUCUGCAGCUUGCCAUAACGGAAGAGGUGAAAGCUGCGUUGAGAACCAACACAGACGAGGCCGUUACUCAUGGAUGCUUUGGAGCACCUUGGAUCCACGUGCAACGAACCGCGGGUCAGGUGGAGCCAUUCUUUGGUAGUGAUCGACUUCCUCUCAUUGGUGAUCUCAUCGGACAUCAGUUCCAGGGACCUCUCAUCCAAUAUGCCUGCCAUAACAAUAAGCCAUCUGUAUGA